ACAUUUGGUAAUGUCGUCCAUUUGUACGCAACACAACAAGCUAAUCCUUUACAAGGACCGUAAAUGAACAGAACUCUCUUUGUUGCUUCCCAACUAGCUCCUCAACACUAUUUCGGACGAUUUUUAUUGCGUUUCGAACAGAAAAUUCAAACACUAACGGUAGAAGCUAGCAAAACAAUACUAGUUGAAUGAAUUGUAAAACACAGAUAAUCCGUUUGUUUAUCUGUUUAAAUGAUUCACUCAUUUGCAUUUUUUCUUGUGCACUUACGCACCCACCGGUUCACACACCGUUAUGUGUACGGAUGAUUUUUUUGAUGAUGAAUUUAAAUGAAGCAACAGCCAGCAGCCGUCGCCACGAUGAAAUACGGCGCACAGAAAGGGAUCCCGUCGUCGAUACUGUUUCGGGUUUUGUAUGUAGCGCGUGGCGCAUAAUUUCAACAAGUGCGAAGUUACACUGACACAAAGUGUGUAUAAUUUUCUUUUGUUUUAGUUACCGUUCCGUUUCACGACAUCCAACGGAAGCGCAUAAACGUCGGGUUCUGUCCAGCUUGUCUCACCCGCUGUUAAAAAGGGAAGAAAUCGGUGUUUGUUUGGUUGUCACACUUCACUAGCACAACUCCAGCAGCAAGAAAGGAAAGAGGAAUGCGUGGACCAGGCUUAGUAAGACAACACGUGUCAAUGUACCGUGCGUCACCGUAUGACAACCUUGAACUUCCUCGCAAAACACGACGGUAUGGUGCACGAACAGUUUACUGGUACGAUACCUACUCCACAGCAAAUUGUGAAAUAAUAAAUUCAUCGUCGGGUUGACUGUUUCCCUGCUGCUCUUUUUGUUGCCACUGCCCCCGCCAAGAGGGUGCGCAGAAUGCGUAAAGAAUGCGCAAGUUCGGUGCACCCAGACCGGCAGUAGACAAACAAAACACGUGACUACAUUAGGCGGUUGCGAUGAAGCGCGGGUUGCAGUCACGUGCAGUGAGACAGAUGAAGAUCACUCACUCGUAGCUUUGCUGUCAAAUCGAUCCGUACCGCUGUCGAUCGAGUUCAUUGAGCUCGGGGUCUGUCGGAUGAAGUGCAGUGUUCCGUUGUCUUCCGUUUGAUGGAUACUGACAAAUGGAACCUGCCGUACAUUGGACAGGAAUUUAGUGGCAGGAAGUGACAUUUUUGUAAUGAUAAUUAAUGUCUUCAAAGUUGGCAUAACCAUCUUGCGAUCGUAUGUGAUGAACAAUCGGUAAUCAAUGAAGACGAUUCUGCUGGAAAUAUUACAUAUCUCCAGCUAUGACCGCGACAUCGAAGUUGACAUCGAAACAUGACCUUACACUUGAAACUGUUUACCCAUCGACAGUGGGUGGAAGAAUCGAGAUAGGAAAGCCGGCAGCUUUGUCUCUAUAGUGGCACCUCACCGGUUGAAUAGGGUGUGUUAUUAAGCGAAUGUAAAAGAUUUUUAAUUGAACACGUUUUAGGUUGUGUGUAGAAUUUGUUUAUUUACUUUAAGGUGUGUGAAAGGUGUUCGAUGAAAACGAAAAAUAAUAGACGCAUUGCACAAAUUUUCUAUUCACUGUAGGUGACAUUGGGUCCUGCCCAAGGCGGUGAACACAAUCAAAAGUAUCAAUUUGUUCGAUAGCAAAAAAAAACCUCCUCGUCGCAAUUGUUCUGACGGCCAUUUGGUGUACCCGCUUGGAAUCGAUCCGACUGCUGUACAGUACAGCAAUUGUGUAACGUGAGGGUAUGAUGCUUAGCUACAAUUAUUACUUCUGCAAAUGGGAUGUUAGCACGGAAACACAAAUCAACAGGUUCUUUUGAUCAACUGCAAGAAUAUGUUGAUAACGAUCGAAGGAUCAAUUGGUAAGAAUUGUUGAGGCUAUAAUAUUAGGGUUUUUUAAGGUUAAAAAAGAUCCAUAAAUAGGAGAUAGAAAUGAUGGUUAAACAUUGUAAUUGAAUAUCUUUAACCUAGAAAGUAUCUAUGAGAAGUAUAUAGGAUUCGUUCCUGCUUUAGCAUCUUGGACAUGUGAAGAUUGUGCAGAAAACUCACCCAAAAGUUCCGAUGGCGAUCAAACCACCCUUGCCGUGAUGAGCAAAUUUUGUCUAAAGUCAACGACACAACGGAGGGUCGGUCAGUGUCGGUGGCACCUGUAAAUUGAACGUCAAACAAGUGGUUGAACUUCGGCUCAACUUACGGUCGACACCGUAUUGGGUGUGUAAAUCACCGCACGGGGUGAUACCAAAAAUGUUUGGAGCUAAAUUUUGGAUGACCUCUAGUGGGGACAGACGCGAGAGCGCGAUCAUUAACAGUAGGGGAUUAUGGAACAGUAAAACAAAUAGAUUUUUUUUGUUUCUCUCAAAGGAAAUAUGUCAACUAAUGACCGUAUUCGUGGCAGCGGUAUAACCGAUAAGAAACCUUCAACCAGCGCACGGUUUGCUACACAGAACACAGGGCACUCAGAGGGAAUAACCCUCGAGCGUAUUUGUUGCCACAGUGCAACUUCCGCUGAUUACGAUCCUAUGCAAUUUGCAUUGCAAGGUGCAUACUGUAGCAAAUGCAACGAUCUUAACCAUCCCCAAAGCCCUAACGAAGAGCGCCCUACCCUGAGUUUGUGGUGAGCAGUUUAGCAGCAGAGCGGUUUGCUCAUAUUAGUAAACGAUCACCACCCAUAGCCGAUUACUCAUCUGCACCAACCAACCAACCAGACGGAGCACACGAGUCGGAUGCGUAGCGUCACCAAACAACGCACGUGCUGCUGCCGCCUACACACGAUGAGAAAGUAUUCACGGAAAUGGCGUUCGCGCGCGCACACACUCUAGUAGCCCGGGCGUUGCUAUAACUACUAAUCAUGCGUUGACACCGGCGAAGGUGACAGUUUCUCUGAGGUGCGCGCUCGCUCUCUCGCGCGCACCAUUUUGCUCUCUCGAAGUUUACGCGCGCGAACUUGAAUUUGUUGCGCAGGGAGAAAAGACGCACACGCGGAGAUAAACAAUGCCCCGGCGCCGGUGACGAUGCUGCACGCGUAGGACGCAACUAGGAGGGAAGAGAAUAAUAUUGGUACGCUUGUUGGCUAUAUAUUGGCGGUUCUGGUUUCUUUGCAACUGAACCCCGUGUACGCUCCCUCGUGUCAAUUCGUUCGUUGUGCAUUUAUAAAACGUGCACGCGGAAGAACCAUAAUGGCGAGUUCAUCAUAGACUGCGUAGCGUUCACCACACGAGCUCCCAGGAUUUGGCGCGGUGAAUUAGUACGGAGAAGGAAAAAAAAAGCAAAUCGUCAAAUCCAACACACGAGAGCUCGGGUGGUGAAGGUUUCAGAAUUUACUAUUUUUUCCCCAACUAACGUUAACAAAGCUGUUAUCCACCAUGUUCCAUCUGGUGCGGAAUCGUUGGUACCUUGCGUCGGUUGUGUUGACCCUCAGCCAGCUGACGACCAUCGAAGGGCAGAUAAGUCUAUCAUCCGUACCGUGUGGCCGGCAGCAGCAACGCAUCGUCGGUGGUGUGAAUUCUAACCGUGGCCAAAUAACGUACAUUGCCAGCCUUACCAAACGGGGCGGGCACUUUUGUGGUGCAUCAAUCGUUAACGAACGGUGGCUUCUGACGGCCGGACAUUGUGUGUGCAGUGGUGUUAAUAAGGUGCUGCGUGCCAAUCAAAUCCAAGCCGUACUGGGGCUCUAUCGAAGAUCUGAAUUUGCUGGCAAUCAAAUCGACACAGACCCAUUCGCAGACCGUGCGUAUGAGGUGGCCAUUCGGACGAUCGUACCCCAUCCUGGAUACAUUUGCAAUAAACCUUCGAACGAUAUCGCUUUGCUGGAGCUUGCGAAGCGCAUCGACUUUACGGCAUCCGUUCGGCCGAUCUGUCUAUCCAGCGGUUCGGAUGGAUCGGCACGCGUCGAGGGCCGGACGGCCGUGGUGGCCGGAUGGGGCUGGCAGCAGGAAAAUCGUAACCUUGCCGAUAAGGCGGACACACUGCAGCGGGCUGUGGUCGAUGUGUUCCGGAAUGAGGAGUGUGAAAAUAUGUACCGACGGGGCAAUCGAUCGCGAACGAUCGCUCGUACGCAACUGUGCGCCGGCAAGGGUACGGGAGGAGUCGAUGCGUGUUGGGCCGAUUCGGGUGGCCCACUGGUAACGAGCGACAAUGUGCUGAUCGGGAUCGUUUCAACCGGAAUCGGUUGUGCCCGGCCUGGCUUUCCCGGGAUUUACACACGGGUUAGCGAAUAUGCGGGUUGGAUCGUAACGGUGAUCGAUCGGUUUAACGCCAGAUAAGGCGCUCGCGUGGGCUUGCUGUAUUGAGCAAGGGUAGGGAUAAGGGUAGGUUAAUAAGUAUUUUUGUUCUAAAAAUUACACCACUCUAGUCACAUUCCUAUACACUACUAAUAUUUUAAUUAUGGUGCAUAUAGAUGCUGUUAUUUAUUUUAUUUUUUUUUUUAAUUUAAUGUUUGUUAAAGCAGAUAAAGAUAGAUCACCUUAAAAUAAAUCUAAAAACAGUCAAAACGUAGUUUUUUCCC